AAUAUCAUCAGCCCCGCAUCCCGUCAGGUUCAGAUGAAACUCUCCGCUCGCGCUCCUCGCUCGGCUCAACAUGGACUCACUGAAUGUUCUGCUCUUUCUCGCAGUCACCGCCUUCACGGUGAAAGUUUCUCUUCAAGGGCCAGAGCAGAGCAGACUGUACAAGGACCUGAUGGCUGGCUACAACCCGCUGGUGAGACCAGUCUCCAACGACUCUCAGAGUCUCACUGUUAAAUUCGGCCUUACCCUCAUGCAGAUCAUGGAUGUGGAUGAGAAGAACCAGGUUUUGACAACCAACAUCUGGCUACAGCUGUUCUGGGAUGACUCUUACCUCCGGUGGGAUCCAUCAGCGUAUCCAGGUGUGAGCAAUGUGAGAUUCCCUGACCAUCUCAUUUGGAAGCCAGACAUUCUGCUGUAUAACAGUGCUGAUGAAAGAUUUGAUGCUACGUUCCACACCAACAUUUUGGUCAAUUCCUCUGGCUCCUGUUCCUACAUACCUCCAGGGAUCUUCAAGAGCACCUGCCAAAUCGAUGUGCGCUGGUUCCCCUUUGAUGUCCAGAGGUGUGAGCUGAAGUUUGGCUCCUGGACAUACGGGGGCUGGUCUCUGGACUUGAAGAUGUUGGAGGCUGACAUCACAGGCUACAUCGCCAACGGAGAGUGGGACCUUGUCGAGGUCGUAGGACGGAGAAACGAGCGUUCCUACGAGUGCUGCGAGGAGCCGUACCCUGACAUUACCUUCACCUUGGUGAUGAGGAGGCGGACCCUUUUCUACGGCCUCAACCUGCUCAUCCCGUGUGUCCUGAUCUCCACUCUGGCGCUGCUCGUCUUCCUUCUGCCUGCUGACUCUGGAGAAAAGAUCUCACUGGGCAUUACAGUCCUGCUCUCCCUGACUGUCUUCAUGCUGCUGGUUGCAGAGAUUAUGCCCGCCACAUCGGACUCGGUGCCUUUAAUAGCUCAGUACUUUGCCACCACCAUGGUCAUUGUUGGUCUCUCAGUAAUUGCUACAGUUCUGGUCUUACAAUAUCACCACCAUGACCCCGAUGGAGGCAAGAUGCCGAAGUGGACCCGUGUGAUCCUGCUGAACUGGUGCGCCUGGUUCCUGCGCAUGAAGCGCCCAGGUGAGGAGCGUUUGCACUCGGCCUGUCACAACAAGGCCCCGCGGAACAGCAUGACCAGCAUGGAGCUCAGUGCCGGCGCCUCAGCCCCCCAAUCCACCAACGGCAACAUGCUUUAUGUCGGCAUCCGGGGCCUGGAGAGCAUCCAGUACUCCACGAACGCCACCUCGCCUGACUCCGGGGUCCUCUGUGCAAGGCUGGCUGGGCGAGCAGGCGAGGAUGAGAUGCUCCUCAAAGCAGCUCAGGGCUCCUCAGCGGGCGGCGUGGAACCAGAGCUGGCCAAGAUCCUGGAGGAGGUGCGCUUUAUUGCCAAGCGCUUCCGUGACCAAGACGUGGACAAGUCGGUGUGCAACGAGUGGAAAUUUGCUGCGUCUGUUAUCGACAGGCUUUGUCUCAUGGCUUUCUCACUCUUCACUAUCCUCUGCACCAUUGGGAUCCUCAUGUCAGCACCCAACUUUGUAGAGGCCAUUUCCAAAGACUUUUCCACUUAGGACUUUAUCUGGAAACAAAAAUAAAAGCCUUUACCAAUUUCUCCUACCACAGAGUAACCAUUUGUAAAAGUCAUGUGGCGGUAAUUUGGAUAUAGUUAAGGCUGCUAUACGGGAAUUGUAUAUCACCAGAUAUUUAAUCAUACAAAGUCAAAUUGAGGACUUCAGGCAAAUUGUAUGUAAGGCAUAAAUACAUUAAUUUAUGCCUUACAUGAUGUUGGUGAAAAUGACCAGUCUUUGCUUUUUAUAUUAAACAGCCUAGCGGCAUAUUAAAGGAAAACAUCAGCAUUUUAUCCUCUUGUACUGUUCUAAAAUGACUAACAAACACUGAUACUUCAAAGCAUUGCUUAAGUUGUGUCAUUUGCUAAUCUACAGUGGAUGCAAAUGUGGGUUGUUAUGUGAUGUUGAUUGUGUAUUAUUGUUCAUUACAAUGCAAUGAAAAUUAACAAUAUUUUCACUAAGAUCUACUCCUUAUACAAACCAUUACAGCUACAGUAUCUUGUAUUAAAAUGUGUUUGUUGCAUCACGUGGAUACUCAUUUAUCCAUCUAUGUGAUGUUGUAAGUUGCCUUUCUGUAAAUACUAAUUAUAUUGUCAAACGCAUAACCAUGUUUGUCUUAGUUAUUGCUUCUUGCUUGUUUUAAUGUAACAUUUUAUGAAAAUUAAAGAAUUACUGAGGUCAAAAUA